AUGUGGAAUUCACCUUAUGAUCUCCAAGUAUUAAAGACUUUGAACUUAAAGUGGAGAGAAUUCAAGAUAGCUCAGGUAAAGGAAGUCUUUUUUGAUAUGCCUGAACAAAACUGCUUAUUCUUUUGUUUUGAUGGAGCUUCAAGGGGGAAUCUUGGAGCUGGUGGUUUUGGCUUUAUUGGUAGGGACUGGAAAUGGGAUAUAGUGGUUGCAAUUACUUGUGGUAUAGGAGUUUCCACAAAUUUCUUAGCUGAAAUAAUGGCAGUAUUAUGUACAGGUGAGUGGGAAAUUGCUAAUAACUUUCUGAAAGUAUGCUUUAGAACAGAUUCUAGUGCUGCAAUUGUUGCUUUUCAAAAUGGUAAACUUCCUUGGAUAGCUAUUACUAGAUGGAAUAAAAAUUGCAAUAAGCUUCAAUGGUCCUUUGUGCAUAGUUGA